GCCCAUGGACUGAGCCUCCCCUCCCGGGCCAGGCGCGUGCGAGCGCGCCCCGAGCCAUGGCGGCGGGCGGGCCCGAGUGGGCGGCGCCGGGCUGGGGGCCGCAGCUGGCGCAGAGCGCGCCGCCGGACGAGGGCACCCUCUUCGUGGACGGGGGCGUCUCCUGGGGCGCCCAGGCGUGCCGCAAGAGCCCGCGCCCCGCCGGCGCGGAAGGCGCCCCGUCGCCGCCGCCCCGGAGGGUCGAGGGCGCUCCCUGCGACGGCACGGGCGAAAGCAGGAGCGAGCCCUGCCGCGAGCCCGCGCCCGGCGGGAGCGGCAGCGGCGGCGAGGAGGCGCUGGAGCUCCUCUGGGCCUGCAGGCGGGUGCAUGCGGAGCACCAGCGCGCCGCGGGCGAGCAGUUCGACCGCUUGGAGGCGCUGCUGGCGGGCCGCGAGGCGCGGCGCGGCAUCGUUCCAGCCAAGUAUCGAAGUACUCAAGCGCUGCAGCCUGCAAUCAGCCUGGAGGACAGCCGCUCAGGUUCCAUGUGGCCCCGGGUAGAGCUGUCAGAGUUGCGCGCAGCCCUCGAGGUCAUCUGCCAAGAGCGGGGAAUCGCAGCGGGCAGCUGCGCCGCGACCUUUGAGUGCAGUCCGCUCGUGCUUCCGGGCGUGCGCGAGCCUGCGCCGCUUCUCCCCGAUGCUGAUCUCGGCAUCUCCAGAGCUGACUACAACCUCACUGCCAUCAAUGAUGCGAAGGGUGGAUGCUCGGAAUUCCUCACCUUCGCCUUCCCCCGCUUCCUCUCGAUCUUUCAGGUCGAGCUCACCUCAGUGGCUCCAGUUCUAAUAUGUAGUUUGUUUGUCGACGACCCGCGCCGCGCAGCACUCUCCACCGCGAUGGAUCGGCUCACCCAUGGCACUCGCAGUCAAGAGGGCGUGGACGUCGGGAAGCGCCUCUUUUGGAGCGAGCCAGCGAAGCAGCUUAUCUCCAGAGUCGACUUCGAAUGCGGUGAAGAUGCCGUCGAGUACAUACGCAUGCGCACGGGCUCGGUGGUCUCGGUCGAGGACCCGUGCAAGGGCUUGCAGCCCAUGUGCAAGGUGGCGUCGUCGGCCACGUUCGGCGGUUGGAAGUCGAUAUCUGGGUCUGCGCGUCUGCGGACGCCGCCACCCCCUCGGCUGUCGUUCACCUCCGCCCACGGAGAGCGAAGCUCAGGUUUGCUCGCGCGCGGUCAGACAUUCAGGCCAUCAAACUCUGGGAUGAGCACAAGCUGA